AUGAUCACAAUGGAGUGGAAAAGACGCGGAAAGGCUUCACCGGCUAGAAUCCUCUAUGUGCCUUCGGAAAAGCCAAAAGCCGACAAAAAAGAGCCAAAAGCCGAGAUGAACAGAGAGAGAGGGAGAGUGGGCGUGUCGCGAGCUUUUCCUUCAUCGUUCUUCGUUUUUUUUUUCUGCUGUGGUGGCCAGACUCGCGUCAUUCUUUGCCCCAGGGGCGAUCGAGGAGAGAGAGAGAACAACGACGACGCCAUGGAAAGGGAGCUGGACGAGCUGGGGAAGCUGGAGGAGGAGAAUGGACCACUCACGUGCAUCCAUCCGUUCACAAAGACGAUGUCUAUUUCUACCAACAAACUUUUUUGA